GAGGUACGUUGUGUCGCUGUCUGUCUCGUGGUGCGUCCUGUAUUGUGUUUGUGUUUACAUCUAUGGAAGUAUGGACUACCCCAGGAUUAUGUACAGUGCUGAAUGUUUAGGAAAAUUUACAACACCCUACAACUACGCUGGAAGGUGAACUAACGCGGAGGACUGAUGUGUGGGUGUUGGCCCAGACUGUGCGUGGCUAGUCAUGUCGUCUGCAGUGUGCUGUACAUUUGUGCCGGAGCUGUACAACUCAUCGCAGGGAUUUUUUUCCUGAUUUCUCUUCCGGUUUUCAAAAUCGGGUCUAACUUAUGGACAGGAGGAUGGAAUGUACUGGUGGGUGUUGGCGGGGCUGUGUUCUCCUGUGUAGGAGAUAUCACCCCCACCAAGCACCAUGUGCUACUGUACCUCACCAUCUCGGUCACUGUCGUCAACAUUGUCAACUUGUUAGUGCUGGAGCUCGGGGAGUGGCGACUGCUCAUGCCAGACUCUGUCAAGAAGCUAAUCCAGCAGCAACACCUCAAGACUUUAGUCUUUUAUGCGCGCACCACUACCAGCAUCAGCACUGUGAUUGCCGCAGUGACGUCCUUUAUCGACGCACAACUCAUGUUCUGGUGGCUGGAGAGAUGUCGUCCGGCGCAGCCGUUACAGCAACACGACGACACAGUCACAGACAUCGAGUACAUCAUCCCAAGGGUGAAUUCUGGGUCGAUGGGUAAGAACAAUGCGCACAACAUGUUGAAUCAGUACGCACAUAUGUGGGUGUUCGACACGGACACGGUCGGCUCAUCGCAGUCCGACUCUCCGUACAACAAGCUGCCCUCGGCUCCGCAGUUCACCGGAAGCAAGACAGUUGUACUCAAGCGGAAGGCGCGCCCCUCCACCAACAUGUGUGACGGUGUCGCGCCGGAGGUCGCGGUGCAGCCUGUAGUGCUGGUGGAGGACACAACCAGUGACACAAAACGACAGCUGCCGUUCAUGACCAGCUUCUCCCGCACACCCUCGCCUGUGCCCGGAGACAACGGUGACACCUCCUCUCACAGUUCCAACCCUGCGAUAUAUGAGUGUCUGGAGCGACUGACAGAGCCGUCUGUGUACAGAGCACGACUCAACACUGCCAUCGGCACCAACGUAGACCGCACAUCCCCCUCCGUCUCCCCUCGACCACAUUCCACCGUCAUGUCUGAGCAGGUUCAGUACGCGAGCCUCAUGAUGGAGCUCAACAAGACUAUUGAGACCAAGUUCCCUCCGUCACAACGCCACAGUCGCAGAGCUUCCUCGAGGGAUGAAGCAUCUCAACACAAGAACUCAACGAGUGACGCGGAAUUUUCGAAAGAGCUAGAAGCGGCGCUCCAGCUGAUCCAAGACCUCGAGUCGCCAAACACGAGUGUCAACGCGCCAGAUACGCCCAGCGAGUUGAGGGCGUUCUGUGAUAACGAGCCGAACGAAUCCGUCUCGGUUGGUAAGCAAUGUGUAAUUCAUAACGAAGGGAAUAAAACCAUAAUCUCUCUCUCCCCGCAAAAGAAGUACACUUCCAUCGUUACUAUCUUACCUCCUGAAAAUAAUGAACCACGUGUCCGAGACACUACCAAAGAAUCGAAUAGCGACACAUACAGAAGUGCACAAAAAACCAAAGAUGUAGAUAGAACGGUCGUUCUCAACAACGGUUUAGGUCACAGUACAAUAGAUUCUAGAAUAAUAAUCCCUAGUAAGAGGUGUAGCAGUCUAGCCGAUAUGAAUUCUCUUCCUCCGACAAACGGGAGGGCAUCUCGGUUGAUCAAGCACAAAUCCUUCAAGGAUUACUCGCAAGUAGAGUUUAACAAUAAUGAUAUUUACCGAGAUUCUAGGAAUGUUGUAGCACGAUCUGUCAGUCUAACGGAGAAAGACACCAACAGCCUCAUCCCCAACCGGCUGAGGUCCCUCAAGACCCUGCUCAAGAGAAAACCUUCUCAAUUGAAACUGACUCCGGAAUUGGAAAGUGCCAUUUUUAAACAAGAGAGCCUAGCUCACCUCACUGAGUUAGAGUUGAUAGCUCGCUACAACCAGAGAAAGUUGGUGGAACGGCAAAUUGAAGAGAAAGCUUGGCAGAAGAUCACUGGAAAUUCUCUGACCGACUCUUCUUGCUGAGUCCAUGACAGACGUAACAUUACGUUAGUUACCAGCGGCAGACGCGCGUCACACCGCCUCCACUACGAUAGAUCUUACUUGUUAUUUAUUUGUAUGUAAUUUGAAUUUUAACGAGUCAUUAAGAGUAUCUUGAACAUCACAAUAUGACCAAAUGUCAAAAAGUUCUUUAGAAAGCCGUGUAAUGAUAGUUAAUUCAAAAUGGACAUUUUGAUUGGAUCUUUAUGUAAUACAGUUAAGAGUAACCAAAGUUAAGUAUAAAGUUGUGAUAAUUUAGACUUGUUGAAUAAUUGUUAUGGUUGUGUAAGCAAAUGUGUGUCAAUAUCUAUAUUUGAAAAAAAUUUGAAAGUAAAACUAUUUACAAAACCCAAGGGUUUCAUUUUUCAUAUGUUUUGUUUAUUAAUUGAUGUCUUUCGUUAUUUCUGUAUUCUAGAUAUUUCAAAUUGCCAUACGCUUUUGUUAAAAAAACUAAAGUUUGUAUUGAAAUACACUUUUACCGUUCUUUGAAACAUCGUUAAUCUGGUGGUUUUUCAACCGAUAAUUAACAUGACAAGGGUUUUUAUCCAAAAAAUGUAAAUUACUUGUUAAUUCCUUGACAUUCUUAGUGACUCAAGUUACUACAUCAUUUCAAUUGAGACAACUUUGUUAAUAACAUUGUAGUUUAUUCAUUGAAACUUGAAAUUCUACAAGUAUUUUUAUACAUGUGUUAUGCAUGCUUUUGAAAGUUUAUUACUGUACAUAUCCAUAUAUUUAUACAAUUAAGUUGGAUGCCAAAGUGUUACAUUAA